UGUCAAAUCUGGAAUUAAUUUCACAUAAAAUAUGAAGAACGUUACUGCAACGGAGUGCACAGUAAAUGACGUGAGUGCGGGAGGGAGCGGAUCCUGUCAGCCCGUGCUGCGGAGUCACACAAUGAAACUUUACAACAAGAUCGCUAUAGUGGUCGGCUGUCUGGUAGGUGGCCGCCUGUUGUUCUACCUGUUGCUGAACAUGUUCCCUGCCCAGCCUCCGCCUCGGCAAGGCGACGACCGAGUUUGGCGGGUGGCGCACGAACUUCAGAGGCAACCAGUCACUCGCCACCCAGCCGCUUUUCGCUCGCCGUCUCGGCCGAUUUUCAACGAGCAGCCACGUCCCCUUCCAAAAAGGCGCAAAAAGCUAAUCCACGACAGGGUCCUUCAGGAGCCGAUAUUUCGCCUCCACAGGUGGAAAGGAGAAGAAUGGGUACACUUGGCAGUAGUGGCCUGUGGGGAUCGGCUUGAAGAGACAAUGACAAUGCUGAAGUCGGCUAUACUAUUCAGUAUCUACAAGAUAAAAUUCCACAUCUUUGCCGAAGAUGUGCUCCACCCACAGUUUGAAAGCAGCAUUAAAGCCUGGCCUUAUUUAUACAGAUCACACCUUGAAUACAACCUCUAUCCAAUCAACUUUUCAAUGGGAAAUCCUCAAGAAUGGAAAAAAUUAUUUAAGCCAUGUGCUGCACAACGCCUUUUUCUUCCAAUGAUCCUGAAAGACGUUGACUCUCUGCUGUAUGUUGACUCUGAUGUUCUCUUUCUGAGACCAGUUGAUGAUGUCUGGAAGUUCCUGAGAUUGUUCAAUUCCACACAACUUGCAGCAAUGGCCCUGGAGCAUGAAAUACCAAAGAUUGGAUGGUACAGUCGGUUUGCACGUCAUCCAUAUUAUGGAGCAGCCGGAGUCAAUUCAGGAGUCAUGCUGAUGAAUCUUACUCGAAUGAGAAGUCAGCUGUUUAAGAAUAGUAUGAUUCCUACUGGCUUGAGAUGGGAAGAAUUACUGUAUCCUUUAUACCAUAAAUAUAAAAAUGCUAUCACAUGGGGAGACCAGGAUUUAUUAAAUAUAAUAUUUCAUUAUAAUCCAGAAUACCUAUACGUAUUUCCUUGUCAGUGGAAUUAUCGACCAGAUCAUUGUAUGUACGGGAGCAACUGUAGAGGAGCAGAAGACCAAGGGGUUUCCAUUCUCCAUGGAAAUCGUGGAGUUUAUCAUAAUAAUAAACAGCCUGCCUUUAAAAUAAUGUAUGAGGCAAUACGCAAUUUUCCCUUUGAAGAAAAUUUAUUUCAGUCUCUGUAUUUCCCGCUUCAAAACAGUUUCCUGAACACAGUACACACUUUAUGUGGCAGACUUUCACAAGUAUUCUUGAAACAGCUUGAACAAGCUAUGAAAAAAGCAUAUGAGCUUCGUGUCAUUCAUAUAGGAUAACGAUCAAAGGCAGAAAAUAUUUUUAUAUAAAGAAGAGGAUAAAUACCUGCAGAUGCUGGAAAUCUGAAAUAAAAACGGAAAAUGCUGGAAAUAAUUGGUGGGUCAGGCAGUAUCAGUGGUAAGGAAAAUAAAAUCAAAAAUUCAAGCUUUUGAUCUUUCAUCAGUUCCAGCUGUUCUACUCUACUGUUACUUGAUGAGCCAAUGUUUCACCUAACUUCAUUGAAUGUUUCACAUAGAUUUUUCAAACAUUUUUCCUUUCAGUUAUCUAAUAUUUUGUACCUCGGAGAUGUCACCAUGCAUUUUGUCAUUUUCAAUUGAUUAAUCUUUAUUUUGUUUCAGAACAAUAUAGUACAUAUCUGCAUUUAUCCAGUCCACAUUUUUUUCUUUUAACAUGAUACAAGUUAUCAUGUUAUCCAAAUAAAUAAUUUUCCAGAGUAGUAUCCUUAUUUCCUCAUAUAAAAGCAUCCAGCAUGACCACAACAGGAGAGAAUUCUCACUUGGCCCAGGUGUACAGCCACCUUUGAAUUGGAUAUCUUUGUUCAGAACCAAACAUCAUUUUCAUCAUACAGUUCAAUCAUGCCCUUGAUGGCAUGGACAUACCUUGCCUGACUACUAUUAUUCUCAAGCGUUCAUAGAUUUCGACUAUGGGUACGUGUUUAGACCUUAUUCAGCAGAUAACAAUGUAAACCUUCCUGUAACUUUUGUGUAUUCCUUGAAUCAUCUGUAAUUUUACAAAAUAUAUGCAUGGUAUUUUCCCUGGCAUAAAUCCAUUACGGCUUUCUUCAUUGAACAUCACAGAACAUUGAACAGCACAGUACAGGCCCUUGAAUGAUGUUGAAUGAGCUUCCCUCCCAUAUUGUCUCCAUUUUUCUUUCUCUUAAAUGUUCCUAAUGUAUCCGCUUCUACCACCAACCUCAGCAGUGCAAUUCAAUCACCCACCAUCCUGAGUAAAAAAAGCUAACUCUGACAUACAGUCUUCCCUGUAGUUUCCUCCAGUAUUCUUAAAAUCAAGUCCUCUAGCAUUAGUCAUUCCACCCUGCAAUAAAAGCACUGGCUGUCCAUUCUAUCUGUGUCUUUUACUAACUUACAUAUCUUGAUCAAUUCACUUCUAAUCUUCUUUCACUCCAAAGAGAAAAUCCCUAGCUUGCUCACUCUUCAUAAGACAUGCUUUCUAAUCCAGGCAGCAUCCUGGUAAAUCUCUGUGCCCUCACUAAAGCUUCCAGAUCCUUCCUAUAAUGAAGGAAGCAGAACAGAACAAAAUACUCCACGUGUGCUCUACGUAGAGUUUUAUAGAACUGCAACAUUACCUCAGGCUCUUGUACUCAAUCUCCAAAUUAAUGAAGGCCAACACACAGUAUGUCUACUUAACCACAUUAUCAACUUGUGUGACAACUUUGAGAGGUCUGUGGAUGUGGAUCCCAAAAUCCUGCUGUUCCUCCAUACUCCUAAGAAUCCUGCCAUUCACCUUGUACUUUGCCUUCAAGUUUGAUCUUCUAAAGUGCAUCACUUCACUCUUUUCCGAAUUGAAUUCCAUCUGCCACUACUUAGCCCAGCUCUGCAUCCUAUCAAUAUUCUGUUGUAACCUACGAAAAACUUCUACACUAUCCACAACACCACCAACCUUCGUGUCAUCUGCAAACUUAACAACCGACCCUUCCGCUUCCUCAAUCAAGUUAUUCACAAAAAUCACAAAGAGCAGGGGACCCAGAACAGAUCCCUGUCGCCAACCUCUAAAAAGAAUAUGAUCCUCCUAUUACCACCCUCUGCCUUGUGUGGGCAAGCCAAUUCUGAAUCCACGCUUCCUAGAUUCCAUGGAUCCCAUGUCUACUGACUUUCUGAAUGUUACUCUGCAUUUUGAGAAGGUUAGGAGGCAGCAGAAAGGAAACUAUAGACCUGUUAGCCUGACAUCAGAGGUCGGGAAGUUGUUGUAAUCAGUUGUUAGAGAUGAGAUUAUGGAAUACCUGAAGGCACAUGACAAGUUAGUCCAAAACCAGCAUGGUUUCCUGAAAGGAAAAUCCUGCCUGACUAACCUACUGCAAUUUUUUGAGAAAAUUGCAAGCAGGGUAGAUUGAAUUGAAUUGAAUUUCAGUUUAUUGUCAUUUAGACACCACAACUGCAAUGCAGUUAAAAAAUGAAAUAAUGUUCCUCCAGAAUGAUAUCAUAAAAGCACAUGACAAAACAGACUGCACCAGAAAACCCACAUAACGUUUGGCAAUCCCCAAAUCCAGAGUCCAGAGAGGCUGUUGAGUAUUAAUACCAUCUUAACGUAUUCCCCGGAAAGGAGCUCCAAUCCCACCCGACAAAACAAGACUACCCAGACACAGCAAGUCAGGAGACCAACUCGACCACCCAACAAACCAAAAGCUAAGUUACAAGACAAAGGAGAUGCAGUAGAUGUGGUGCACUUGGAUUUUCAGAAGGCCUUUGACAAGGUGCCGCACAUGAAGCUGCUUAGCCAGAUAAGAGCCCAUGGAAUUACAGGGGAGUUACUAGCAUGGGUGGAGCAUUGGCCGAUUGGCAGAAAACAGAGAGUGGGAAUGAAGGGAUCCUGUUCUGGCUGGCUGCUGGUUACCAGUGGAAUUCUACAGGGUUUGGUGUCGGGACCACUACUUUUUAUGACAUAUGUCAAUGAAUUGGACUAUGGACUUAGUGGAUUUAUGGCUAAAUUUGCCGAUGAUACAAAGAUAGGAGAAGGAGCAGGUAGCGUUGAGGAAACAGAGAGCCUGCAGAGAGACUUGGAUAGUUUAGAGGAAUGGGCAAAGAAGUGGCAAAUGAAAUACAAUGAUGGAAAGUGUAUGGUCAUGCACUUUGGUGGAAGAAAUAAAUGGGCAGACUGUUAUUUAGAUGGGGAGAGAAUUCAAAAUGCAGAGAUGCAUAGGGACUUGGGAGUCCUCGUGCAAGAUACCCCAAAGGUUAAGCUCCGGGUUGAGUGGGUGAUGACGAAGGGGAAUGCAAAUUUGGUAUUCAUUUCUAGAAUAUAAGAGCAGGGAUGUGAUGUUGAGGCUCUAUAAGGCACUUGUGAGGCCACACUUGGAGUAUUGUGUGCAGUUUUGGGCUCCUUAUUUUAGAAAAGAUAUACUGAUAUUGGAGAAGGUUCAGAUGAAGUUUUAGGAGAAUGAUUCCAGGAAUGAAAAGGUUACCAUAUGAGGAAUGUCUGGCAGCUCUUGGGCUGUAUUUCCUGGAGUUCAGGAGAAUGAGGGGGGAAUCUCAUCGAAACAUUCUGAAUGUUAAAAGGCCUGAACAGACUAGGUAUGGCAAAGCUAUUUCUCAUGGUUGGGGAGUCUAGGACAAGAGGGCACAACUUCAAGAUUGAAGGAUGUCCAUUUAGAACUGAGAUGCGGAGGAAUUACUUUAGUCGGAGGGUGGUAAAUCUGUGGAAUUUUUUGCCACAAGCAGCAGUGGAGGCCAAGUCAUUGGGUGCAUUUAAGGCAGAGAUAGAUAGGUUCUUGAUUAGCCAGGACAUCAAAGGGUAUGGGGAGAAGGCAGGGGAGUGGGGAUGACCAGAAGAAUUGGAUCAGCCCAUGAUUGAAUGGCAAAGAAGACUUGAUGGGCCAAAUGGCCUUCUGCUCCUAUAUCUUAUGGUCUUAUGGAGUCUAUGAAGGGGAACCUUGUCAAAUGUCUUAAUAAAAUCCAUAUACAUCACAGCCCCUGCUCUUCAUUGAAUUGUUUUGUCACUACAUUGAAGAAUUCAUUCAGGCUCAUGAGUCACAUCCUGCCCUCACAAAGCCAAGCUGACUAAAAUUAAUCAGACUAUGCUUCUCCAGAUGCUUGUAAGUACUGUCUCUAAGAACCAUCUUCAAUAAUUUGCUCACCUCUGAAGUAAGAUUCACUGGUCUCUGAAUCCCAGGAUUAUUCCUACUCCUUUUCUUGAACAAAGGAAUAACAUUUGCCACCUUCUGGUAUUACUCCUGUGGCAUGUGACAAUGCAAAGUUCAUCACCAAAAAAAAGUACAGCAAUCUCUUCAUUCACUUCCCAUAGUAACCUGAAGUAUAUGCUGUCCAGCCAAGGAGACUUGUCUAUCCUAAUGUUUUUCAAAAGUGCCAAACCAUCCUCUUUCAUAACAUUGAUAUGUUCUGGCAUAUUAACCUGUUGUAUACUGUCCUCACAUUCGUCAAGGUCCCUAUCUUUGGUGAAUACUGAAGCAAAGUAUUGAUUAAGGACCUUCCCUACCUCCUCUGACUCCAGGCACAUUUCCCUGACCCAUGCUUCCUUCUUCACUGUAAUUAAUUCUCACAUUUUCAGUCUGAAUCCUAUCAGAUUUUUGUUUGAUAGUUACUGAUGGAAUCUUGCUGCAGGAUUCAGUUCAAGUUUAUUGUCAUUUCAGUUGUACACAUGUAUACCACCAAAUGAAACAACAUUCCUCUAGACCAAGGCGCGCAACACAGUACAUAUAACUCACAGACAUAAUGCAUAAAUAUUACCACAAAUAAGCAGGUGCAUUUUACCACACAGGACUCAGCACUGACACUUAAUUGUUUAUUAGCUUAUUAUUGGCACAUAUACCAAAGUACAAUGAAAACUAGGAAUUGCACACUGAUCAUACAUGUUAAUUGAUUACAACGGUGUACUGAGGUUGCGCAUGGUAAUAAUGGUAACAGAGUGUAGAAUAAAAUGUUCCGGUACAGGGUAAGUACAGUGCAAGUAGACAGGUGCAGGGUCAUAAUAAAGUUGAUUGAGAGGUCACACGACCAUCUUAUCGUAUUAAGGAGUCUUCAGUGGCCAUAUUAACAGUACCAUAGAAGUGGUCCUUGAGCCUGAUGGUAUCUGCUCUCAGGAUUUUGUGUCUUCAGCUUGAUGGGAGGGCAUGAAGGGACAAUGUGCAAAGGGUCUUAGAUUAUGUUGGCUGCUUUACCAAGGAAGCAAGGAGUAAUUAGGCAUUUCUCUGAUAUAAAUAUUGAAUUAAAAAAUUAAUUAGUUUUAUUUCUUGCACAUUGAUAUCUUUUCUCAAGACUUUAUAAAUUUAAUCAUAGCCUGUGUGUGGCAUCUGACCAUGAGUCCUGACAAAAGAUUGCAAGGACGGCUGAGAGGAACAUCGGGGUCUCUCUUCCAUCCAUGAAAGAUACUUUAUCUGGAGCGCUACUUACGUAGGGCCCUUAGCAUUGUCGAUGAUCCCUCCCAUUCAUCCAAUAAUUCCUUUGACCCCCUACCAUCAGGCAGGAGGUUCCGUAGAAUUAGGGAAAGAACUCUUACGAUGGGGAACAGCUUCUUCCCUCAGGCUGCAUGACUGCUGAACUCCCUGCAAUCACCCAAGUCUCGUCACAUUCGAAGCUCCGGUAGCAUUAUACUGUUUCUGUUUUAACUUGUGUCAUAUGUACACCACAUUAUUUGUUAAUCUAUUUGUGGUAAUAUUACUUAAUGUGUUAUGUAUGUGAGUUGUCUGUGGUCCAGAGGAACGUUUUUUAAUUUGGCAGUAUACAUUAAUGCAGUUGAAUGACAAUAAAAUGAACUGAAACUUGAACUCCUACAGUGUUUCUUCCAACUUGAUUUUACUUGAUAUCAUUAACCAAGUCUGGAUUUCAUGCAGCACUAACUGAUUCUGCUUUUCUAAUAUUAAGAAAAUGGACUAUUUUAAGCCUUCUGCUUUGGUGCCACUGACAUGAUUAGGUAGUAAUAGAAGAAAUUGUAGAUCUUCUGAAAGGUCAAUGCAAUAAAAGUGAAUUAUUCCCAGAGCAACUGUAUUCGAAAUGCAAGUUAUCUUUUGUAAUGUGAUACAUAAUCUACAAUAUUUAUGCAUUUGUUUUAAAUAAAAGGUAUUAUUUCAUUUAUAAAA